AUGAUUCAGAAUAUUGAGAAGGCAGCUCUGCUCUCUGAGCAUGUCAAUCUGCUUAUCACUGAGGUGGAACCUGAGGCAGCAAACCAGGAAAUGUGGGAUUUUGAGACACAGGUUGACCUGACUAAGAGAGAGCAGCAGAAACCCUUCUCUGAGAAGGCAGCAGAGAGAGAUUUUGAGAUGAUUAUCAUCUCAAAUAAGAAGGAGAAGAAGAAGAAGAAGAAGAAUGAGAAGUGA